AUGAGCAGAGAUGUGAGAAUUGGCGACGGCGGAGAGACAUCGGCGGGUAAAUCGCAUUUGAAGGUUCCUAGGCCACGGCCACCAUGCUUUUACAGGUAUCGAUCGUCUCGGCGUCCUGCACCUCGACAAAAAUGAGUCGAAGUUCAAGCGGGGCGCGGCGAAAACGAAAAAGACGAAUUUGGUACGCGGACGGCUGACGGAGGACCAAAAAAAGGCGUUCAAGUACGGGAAUUUCCACGAAGGCGUGCGAAAUUUGAAAUUUUUGUGAAUUUCCGCAAAUUAGGCGAAUUCUGGCGAAGCACUGUAAAUUGUGAAUAUCGAGUUUCGCGGGCGUUCGUGGCCAUGAAAAGCGCGAAAACGAAGAAGAGAACCGUUUCAGAUUCGCCGACAUUGUGCCGAUGAACUCGGAUUGGCAAAAAUAUUAUCGUGAUCGGCUGGGCGCGCAUUUUGCGAGCGCGAAAAUCGAAAAGACGAUUCUGAAAGCGGACUAUCACGGCGCCCUGUUGACCGUUUGGAUGGCCGAGAAUCCGACGCAGGUAUUUGUGGAGGUUCCCUGAAAAUGUAUCGUAAUUUCGCUUUUUUCAGAUCGGCAUCAGUGGAAUUGUGAUUCUGGAGACGCGGCACACGUUUCAGAUGGUCACGCAGGCGGAUCGAUUCGUUGGUAAGCGCGUUUACUUCAUAAAUGAGGCAACUGCGCUCUAUCGCCACCAUUUCCACCCUUUAUUUUUGCAGUGAUUCCGAAAAAAGGCUCGGUGUUCCGUUUCAUCCUCGGCGACCGCCUCUUCUCGUUGUUCGGCGACGGAAUGCGCACGCGGCCGGCGUGGCGCGGAAAAAAACCGCGUGUCCGACGUGUGCUGCCGAUGUUCAUCCGCGGAACACUCCAACCGGUGCCGACCGCCAAACCCCCAACCGAUAUUGUGUAA